UGUGCAAACCAUGCCAGUACGGUUUUUCACAAGACCGACUCCACUCAUGUUCUAAAGUGAAAGUGUUUCGUUAAUAAUUUCAUACAAUACAAAUCGUGUUGCCGUUAUUGCGGUAUGGUGAAGGAAUUUGGUGGGAAAAGUACGACAACACGAAAUGGAAUAACUUCAAAACACAAUGGCACCGUAUCAAACAAUAAAACUAAAACACACUACCUCAAUUUCGGGGAAGAAGACCAAAUGGAAAUUUCUGGUUACACGUCCAACAACUUGAAGAAAUGUAUCACGUGGACGUUCUAUGUCCUCACUUUUGGAAUAUUGAGACUUAUUUUUCAUUGGUACCCGCAAUGGCAGUUGUACGCGAGCCAUUCUAAAUGUCCUUUAGGCCGAGCAGAGAAAGUACUAAUCACUGAUAAAUACAAGAACAAAUUCAAGACGUAUUUUGUGAAAGAUGUUGAAAUUUUGACUAGUACCGGAAAUGAAUUGAGGAAAACCGAUAGUAUUAUUAGCAUAAAUGGCCUUAUUUUUAAAAAUGAAACAGAAAGAAACCUUCUUGAUGUCUAUCUACAUGACGGUAGUCGAAAACGACUCCCAAAAGUACGAAUUGUACGGUGCAAAAAACUGACCUAUGUCUGGGAUGACGAAAAGUACAAAUUUAUCAAAUUGUCAGGUUUAGACAAAGGCAUAGCAUGUCGAGAGUUUCAUGACCAGAAAGGUUACAAAAAAGACGAACAAAAUUUAAAACGAAUCACUUAUGGUACCAAUGAAAUCAACGUACCUGUGCAAAGCAUCCUCACCCUUUUAGUCCUUGAAGCUUUGACUCCCUUUUACAUCUUCCAACUUUUCAGUCUUGUAGUAUGGUUUGCCGAAGCCUACUAUUACUACACCAUAGCAAUAGUAAUAAUGUCCGUUUUUGGCAUUUCGACUUCUAUCAUACAAACCAGAAAGAGCCAAGAAAACCUCAAAGGUACCGUAAACACCGCUGACAAAAUCAUGGUAAGUCGGAGCGAUGGUACUUUUGACGAAAUACCAACAACCGAAUUGGUACCGGGUGACGUAAUUGUGAUACCAUCGCAUGGUUGUGACAUGCAAUGCGAUGCUGUUUUACUCAAUGGUAACUGUAUAGUGAACGAAAGUAUGCUCACGGGAGAGUCGGUACCUGUCACCAAAACAGCACUUCCAAACAACGAUAAAUUAUACCAUGUUAAGGAACACGGGAACCAUACGUUAUUUUGUGGUACCAAAAUAAUACAGACUCGGUAUUAUGGCACCGAACCGGUACUUGCUGUGGUUAUUAGAACCGGGUACUUGACCACUAAGGGUCAAUUAGUGAGGAGUAUAAUAUACCCACCACCGGCUGAUUUCAAAUUUGAUCAAGACAGCUAUAAAUUUAUCAUGAUCUUAUCAGUUAUAGCCUUGUUGGGGUUCUUUUACACAAUUUUUUCCAAGUAUUCUAGAGACAUUGCACCUCUGGAUAUCCUCAUCAAGGCCCUCGAUUUGGUCACAAUAGCCAUUCCUCCUGCCCUCCCAGCUGCCAUGACCGUUGGCAAACUCUACGCUUUAAAUCGGUUAAAAAAGAAACACAUUUAUUGUAUAAAUUCGAGAGUAAUUAACGUUUCCGGUUCCGUUGAUUGUGUUUGUUUUGAUAAGACAGGAACUUUGACCGAAGAUGGAUUAGAUAUGUGGGGGGUGGUACCGGUUGAAGACAGCAGGAUUGAAAAACCAGUCAAGGAAAUAAAAGCAAUGUCGAAAAAUUCCCUACUUUUCAGGGGAAUGUUGACAUGUCAUUCGUUGACGUUGAUCGACGGGGAACUGUGUGGGGAUCCCCUGGAUAUCAAGAUGUUUGAGUCAACUGGUUGGAUUCUGGAGGAACCCACCAUCUCGGACACCUCCAAAUACGAUCUUUUGGUACCCACAAUCCUCAAAGAAAACUCCCCCGACACCCCCCACAUCGAAAUCGGCCUCAUCCAUCAGUACCAAUUCUCCUCAACUCUGCAACGUAUGAGUGUUAUUUGCCGAACCCUGGGUUCCGACUACUUCGAAUCCUUCACUAAAGGUUCCCCCGAAAUGAUCAUCUCCCUUUCCAAACCAGAAACCGUCCCUGAGGGAAUCUUCAACCGGCUCAAAACCUACACUGAGCAAGGGUACCGCGUCAUCGGUAUGGGUACCAAAAAACUAACCAACAUCCCCUUCCACAAAAUCCCUAAAUUGCAACGGGAAGAAAUCGAAUGCGACCUUCAAUUCGUCGGUUUGAUAGUCCUCGAAAACCGGUUAAAACCCCAAACCGGGAGUGUCAUCCAAAAGUUACGAAACGCCGGAAUGAAGAUUGUCAUGGUGACGGGGGAUAACAUCCAGACGGCUGUGAGUGUGGCACGUGACUGUGGAAUCAUCCAAUCGGGCUAUAGCGUCAUUGACGUCAUCACAACCAAACCAACCAAAACAGACAUGGCGACUGUGAAGUACCAAGAAACUGACGCCACGCCCACUGGUACCAAAAUCGAAGAUAUUGAAAAAAUAGCGGAGCGAAAGUAUCAUUUAGUCGUGACGGGGAACACAUGGACUGACCUCAAUCGGUACUUCCCCGAACAUAUACCCAAAAUACUCACAAAAGGAGUUGUUUUUGCCCGAAUGUCUGGUUUACAAAAACAACAAUUAGUUGAAGAGUUACAAAAUUUAGGCUACUAUGUUGCCAUGUGUGGUGAUGGUGCCAACGAUUGUGGCGCCCUCAAGGCGGCAAAUGUCGGAAUUUCGCUCUCAGAAGCCGAAUCAAGUGUUGCUUCACCUUUUACUUCACAAGAACCUAACAUUUCAUGCACCACUGAAGUAAUUAAAGAGGGCCGUGCCGCUCUGGUGACAUCUUUCGGUGUUUUUAAACUCAUGCUGUGUUACAGUCUUACCGAAUUUGCCUCAGUUAUUAUUCUAUACGCGAUUGAUACCAACCUAACGUCACUACAAUUCUUAUUCAUUGACAUUUGUCUCAUUUUAAAUUUUGCUUCAUUCUUUGGUAAAACAAGAGCGUAUGAUGAGUUACACAACGGGCCCCCGAUGACGUCACUCUUGAGUUUUGUUCCCUUAGCAUCGAUUAUACUUUUCAUGUUGGUGACAGUGGCCGUGCAAAUUUUUGCCUACUAUCACAUACAAACAUACGAUUGGUUUGUUCCCUUCAUUUUUGACCCUAAAGAUAGCACUAUGUAUAGAUGUUACGAAAAUUAUGCCGUUUAUUGCGUGUCAAUGUUUCAAUACAUCAUAAUGGCGGUGGUAUUUUCCAAAGGCAAACCAUACCGGAAACCCAUCUAUACCAACUUUAUUUUCCUCUCUGCCAUUAUUUUAAUGAUUGGGGUUUGUUCUUACAUCACUUUGGAUCCUGUUCAUUGGGUUAUCGAAGCGUUAGAAUUACAAAUGCCGCCAUUAUAUGAUGGGAGAGUCGCCAUUUUGGUUAUGGCGUUUGUCAAUUUUGUAAUUUGUGUCAUCAUCGAAGACGUAUUUGUUGAUAUUCUUUUAUUUAAAUUUGUGCGACCCAAAUUCCGAAUUUUGGAAAAGUCGAGACAAAUUUAUUUGAAAAUUGAAAAGGAAUUAAGGGAGGAUCCAACAUGGCCAAACACGAAAUGUCAAAAUGUUAACUAUACGGAAAUCAAGGAAGGCGGGUUUGUUAAUAACGGGUUUUGUAAUCACACAGAGACUACCAAAUGUUGAGAUUGUAUUUUAUCAUUUUCCAAUAAAUAUUUUACAAUUGA